AUGAAUGAUACAGGUAGUAGUAGUAGUAUGAAUGACAACAAUAAUCUCGAAGUUGUUGUUGAUGAUGGAGUCACAGACAAAGUCAACGAUGUUGAAGUUAUAGACGACCAUGAUACUGAUGAUGAUAAUGAUCAUGUCGACGACAAAGAUGAAGAUGAUUUCAACAGAUCAAAUAUCAAUCACAUAUAUGUAUUGCCAUCAUCCUCCAAUUGGUACUGCUCACAAACAGCAGACUUUAAUCAACAACGACAAUUAUAUUGUUAUGCAUCAAAGAUGAUCGUCUUUCUCUUUGACCUUGAGAAGAGACAGUUCAUUGGCGAGCUAGUUGGACACACGGAUAGAAUACUCUCAGUUUGUUUCAAUCGAUUAUCUACACACUUGUGCCUGUCGGCAUCAUCGGACAAGACAGUGCGACUUUGGAACAUUGAUACACUCACUUGUCAAUCAUUCCAUGAUGCUCAUCAUACUGAGGUGACAUGUGUCGUCUCGUCAUUGUUUGAUGCAGAGUUGGCAGUGUCGGGCGAUCGUCAAGGCAAGAUUGUACUCUGGCGUGUGCUCACCAAGGAGAUCAAGGUGUGCACACCUCUGCCCAUUGCAUCAUCCAUCACAUCUAUGGCAUUCUGUCCCGUACCACACAGCCACAACCUCUUGGCGAUCGGCUAUCUCAAUGGUCUAGUCGUCCUCUUUGACGUCGUCACGCUCACUGUCAAGUGCAAGAUCAAUGCGCACUCUGAUGAGGUGCAGUCCAUCGUAUGGCUACGUCUGCCUCACUCACAGGGGCCAUCAGAAGGCUCGACCAAUGACACUGAGUUGUUGACAUUCGCAACAUCGUCCAAGGACAAGACAAUCAAUGUUUGGAAACAGGUCGCAAACACACUGGACAGUGGCUUCACUGCACUGCGCAAGAUGAAUGUGUCUGGCGGAUCAAACUCAAAGGGUGGCGGUGGCGCCAACUACAAUGACAAGUCUCGUGCAUGGAUCACACUCUCAUGGUCCCCAUCAUCACCCGACUAUCUCCUGUCGAGCUCAUUGAAUGCCGAUCUCCUCAUCUGGAACCUCACUCACACCAAGCCAGCCCCCGACAAACUACCUGGCAAUCAACAUCAACGUAUAAUCUUUAGCAUCACUCAAUGUCCAUUGUCGAGUGAUACAACAUCGUCAUCAACAUCUAAACAAUAUGCGCCACGAUUCAUCACUACGUCAAUGGACAGGAAGAUGAUAUGUUGGGAGAACUCAAAGAUCAAAGUGAAGAUCGCAGCACUUGGAGGCUUUGUCUACACUCUGGCAUCAAGUCAAUUCAAUCCAAACACGAUAUCAAUUGGCUGUGGCGACAACACAAUCAGACAAUGGUCGCCCAACGACCCAUCAGUCAGCGCUGAUGGUGACCCCGACUGCUCCUCGGACGUCUAUGACACGCGAUCAUAUUGGAAGGGCAUUCAAUCCAAGGUCACAGCAUUGGCAAUCAAUCCCUCGUGUCCUUGGCAGUUGGCAUUUGGUCUGGAUGAUGGUCGUGUGGGCAUAUAUGACACGGACAAGAACAACUCAUCAUUCUUCCCUGGCCAGCACAAGAAGGAGAUCUACGAGCUACAGUGGCGCUGUAUUGUUGGUGGUAGUGCGACCGAUCAAUCACACAAAUUAUACAGUGUUGGCAACAAUGAAGUGUAUGAAUGGGAUGCCAAGGAUCAGGAUCGUGGCUUCAAGAACAUCAAUGAUCACAUCAAAGUUCACAACAAACAAUACAAGCCAUCAAACAAAAGCGAAUUCUAUUGGAAUGAUGACAUGGAUGCUUUGGCUAUUGCGACGACGAACGGUGCGAUUGAGGUGUAUGACUCUGGAUUCAAACUAAUGUGUACAAUCAAGAAUCAUAAUGGAUUGAUCAAUCGAAUACGUUGGAACCCACACAAAGAGUACAAGGACUACUUUGCAACGGCAUCACUCGACAAGACAGUCAUAGUCUAUCGCCUGGUCAGAGGUAGCAUCAAUGAUGGUGGUGACGCCACUGCUGCCGAGCUCGAGGUGGUCAGACACUUCAAGGAUUAUAGAGCCCCUGUGUUUGGAUUGUGUUGGUCGCCACAUGAUAAACAUCUUUUGGCCGCGUGCUCUGCGGAUGGAACGGCCCAGGUCUGGAACAUUGAUAGCAAUCAGCCAAUAUCAAACAUGCGUGGACAUGAUGGACGUGUACUCACAGUUCUCUGGAGCUAUCUCUAUCCCAAUGUCAUAUUCACUGGUGGUGAGGAUCAAACUGUUAGGAUGUGGGACUAUACCAAGCAGCCAUUCAAACAACCACCCCAAGAGAAGCAUCGAGUCAAAACGAUCAAUGACAAUCACAUUGUACAAUCCACGACCGCACCAACUCAAUCACAACCACAAGUGAUGGCAGGUGGCUUGGAUACCCAACCUCAAUCAUCACCACCUCAAACUACACCAACAUCAAGUCAAGCUUCGAGUCCUUCUCUCCCCGCAUCAACAACAACAACUACAACCACAACCAAACCAAAGAAGUCCAAAGUCAUUUUGCCGAGCCUUUACAACAAAGUACCAUCCAAGGAUACACAGCUAUGCAUUUCAUUGGCCAAGAGCUUACAACAAUCAGACAACAACCCAACAAACGCGGCCAACCCAGAAGUGAUGGAUGGACUAUUCACACCCAAUGUCAAAUCAUUGGAACAUAUUCUCCAACAGGAGAUGACGACACAUGUUGGUCACAAGGAGUACGAUCACUUUGUUUCGAUCAAUAUGUGGGGUGGCAACCUCAAGGAAGCUUUAUAUCGAGUUGUAAAGCAAGGUCAGCUCAAUGCUCAUCAUGUAGCAAUAUCAGCACAGGGUGGCAAAGAACUGUGGCAAUCAAUGUGCCACUACUACUCCAAACAACUCAUUGUUGAGGGUGACUUUCACAUGGCUGUUACAUACCUGUUGGCGAUUCACAAGGUUGCCGAAGCCAUUGAGACCUAUCGACAGGGUGGCUUCAUCCAAGAGGCCAUUGCACUGGCACGUCUCAGACUGCCGGCUGAUCACGACACCAUCAAGAGUCUCUAUCUGGAAUGGGGACAAAAGAGUCAAGAAUCCGAUCAAAUGCAGAGUAUCAAAUGCUAUCUGGCCGCCCGGAGACCAGAUCUGGCAGUGCAGCUCUUAAAAAGUAAGCCCAGUGCAAACAACAAUCAAUUGCUACAGGAGUUGGAGAAAAUACUUGGUGGCACCAGUAGCAAUGUAGAUGGACUUGUCGAAGGUGUUGGCGUGGGCUUGGGCGUAGGCGUAGGCGUAGGCGUUGGCGUAGUCGGCGGAAAUUAUGGAGUUGGUGGCAGUGGAGUUGGCGAAGAGAGUGUCGAUGCAACUUCGGUCGUUGUCGGCUCGGCGUCAUUGCAGUGUGUCAAACCGCAUCUGGAUGUAGUGGACACUUAG